ACUGGCCCGCGCGCGCUCAGUCAGCUGACGGUUGUCGUUCUGUAGACACUACCUGAUCAUCCGCCGCGUCGGAUCCGCGCAGUGCCCGCUUUCGAGUGUUAUAAUCUUCGUGUUUAAAAAACUAAUCUACCAACAAUGGCCACCUACGCCCAGUUCAAGCACGUCGAGCUCUACAAAAUCGGUCAUGGAAAAAACAGGGUGCCAAAUGCCCCCAAGAGCUGCAUCGCAGAGAUCUUCAGCUCGGACGUGACGGACAGUAGCCCCGUGAAGAAUGGCACGGUGCGUCCCCGCGUGGUACGUGACACACCCACGCGUCCCCGCGACACACACUCCAGGCUCUUCGGACAGGCUGGGAAUAAUUCUGUAACUCCGAUGAUCACGGACACCAUACGCAGUAACAUCCAGUUCGGGGAUUCGCAGAUGAACGGUGGCAGCCCUAUCCAUUCGCCCUCCAAGCAUCUGACCAAUGGAAGCGCCUCGUCGACGCCCAGUCGAGGUGAGAGGGACUUCGCGGAACACUCAACGUACUCCCCACCGAAGAGGAAUCCAGUAACCGGGGACGGAGUUAUGGUGCCGCCGCCGCGACGUCGCCACCCGGCCGCCGGCCUGCGAGAAGGCAACCCGAUCACCGGUGAUGGCUACAAGUCGAUGAACGGCCAAAUCAACACAGUAACAUCAAUAAAUGGCUCCAGCAGCAUCCACCACAACCGCGUGCCGCCUGGCGGAUACUCCUCAGGUCUUUGGUAGGCUAACGCUCUUCUUUCUCGACUUCCCACCAUGCCACCUCACCGGACCAUAAGCAACAAUUGAAGAAAGAACCGGCGAAUGACCAGCCUAUCCUAUCGCCGAAACACCAAUAGUACUCUAUGACAUUUUAACACCAUAAAGUAUUAUUUGUGUUAUUAUGACUGCAUUUAUUUCAACUACCAUUUUGUUAACUAAAUUAAAGUAGCAAUGUUAAAAUUAUAGUAACGCAAAUUGCACCAUCUGUAAGCAACGUCCAUUAUAAAAAAGGGUAUAUGUUGUUAAUUAAUUCCUUAGCCUAUCCCAGUAACAGUUUAUUCGAAUAAUUUAGAAUAGAUUAUUAUUAUAGAUAUUUUUGUAAUAGUAAUAUUUCGAUAGUUAUUAUCUAAGUCGAUCAUUCUUGUGGAUCUUUGAUAUUAAUUAAUGGAUUAGAAUCCAUUUUUUUUGCUAUAAAUAUUUCAAAGGUCUGCAUAGUAAGACUUAAGAGCUACCAUACACGAACACUUUUUACGCCAUGACAAUUUCGGCACUACUGUCAUUUCUAUGUGUAUAUAUUUUCGUUUAUUCAUUAGACAAGCACGCCAUAAGUACAUGUUAUACACAAUCGGAAAUUAGUUUAUCAAAUUAUUUAUAGAAAUUGUUGUUUUGCUAUAAACUGCGUGUCAAAAUUGUCACGAUGACAAAAGUCCUUCGUGUAUGCUAGCUUUAAUUUUUAAGAACUUGAAAAAUUGUACUCUUUCACACUUUUACGAAUAUGUUAACGCAUGAAUAUUGAGAAUUAGGAGUGAGGAAACGUAUCAGCAAUAUACCAAAAUGAUAGUGCCUUGAUUGGUGAUGAUGUGAAAUUCAUAUAGGUUCGAAGUACGGUUGUCUAAGCGUUAUAUGAACGUGAUUAUAUGUCUAUAUAUUUCACGGUAUAGAAAUAGUAAUCAUGCGGCGGCACGGGCUAAUUGAUACAAUUAAUUUAAUGAUAAAUUUUAUAAUAUAUUAUAAUUAAAAAUUAUAUUCAACACUAUAUAAGUCUUUAAUCUCGUUUGUUGAAUUUCAUUAUCAUAGUUUAAAAAUAAAGGGUUUAUAGAAAUGCAUUUAUUUUGUCUUUUUAUACAAGUUUAUUUCUUUUUUAGUUUAUUUUCUACUCGUUUAGACGUAAUUGUAAAAAUGGAAUUGAAUCUUGGUAGAUUAUCUGUUAACAUUGUAUCGGAACAUAGUGUUUUAUAGAGUACGGAUAGUGAUGUUAUUAUGAUUAGAUAGUUUUCGUCUAGUAUUAACCUAGGCAUAUCAUCUUUGUAAAAAUGUUUUUAAUAUUCUAACAUGAAAAUGCAUAAUCACAGGCCUAAUUGUAACAAAUUGUUAAUAGAUAAUAACCCAUUAUUUCAAAAUAAAGUUUUUUUUAUUAA